AUGGGCAAUUUAUUUUCAAAAAAGGUUGUUUUUGAAAAUCAAGUUUUAGCUAUGGAGGCCAGAAUUUCUAAUAUGGAGUCCAGAAUUAAUAAAUUUAUAUUGGCAUAUUCUUUAUAUGACAAAAUUUUUUCAUCCGACACUUUGUCUGAAAAGGCAAUGUGUUUCGUAUACUCAUUUUUAAUUUCAAUUGUAUUCUAUACUUUUGCAAAAUUAUAUAGAUUUACAUAUUGUAAAUUAAUAUAUUUCGAUGAAAAAAAAUUAAAAAAAGGUAAUAAAAAUAAAAUAGAGACAAUAGACAAUUAA